AUGCCGGAUUCGGUUUGCACCCCGUACGCUGACUUUAAGAGCAACUUCGCGAAGAGGCUGUCAGCGGGGCUGCCUGUUGCCAGUAGCCCAGUGACCACGAGAUGGCAGCAAAGUCACACCGGGGAGUUGUCCGCCUGUCGCCUCCCGGAAGCGCGGUCAGCCACCGGCCUCUCAGAAUCGCCGGGGAACGACACCUUGACUCCGGGAUCCUUUAACGAUCCAUUGAAGACUCCCAUCCAAGAAGGUUCUGAAACACAGAACUCUGCUUUGCACUUUGGCGAGACACCUGGUGCACCGGACAGAGGCUGGAAGGAAAGCAUUGCCUCCAAAGGCCAGAAAUGCCUAAACCUACUCUUUGGAACCCAGAGGGCGGCUCAGUGGGUUACUGGGAACAUGCAGCUCUGUGAGCAAUCCCAAUGUGUUUGGAAAGGCUGCAGAGAUGGAAUCAGAAAUGAAUCUUUCAAUCUUGAAAGGUUUGGUGAUGCAAACUAUUCCAUGCUCCAACCAGAGAUGAAGAUUCAUCUUACUGGUCUUCGAAAUGACUACUAUCUGAAUAUCCUGGACUGGAAUUUUCAAAAUCUUGUUGCUAUAGCCCUUGGAUCUGCUGUAUAUAUUUGGAAUGGAGAGAACCACAAUGGAAUUGAAAACAUAGACUUAAGUCUUACUUGUAACUAUAUAUCUUCUGUGUCCUGGAUCAAAGAGGGAACCUGCCUGGCAGUUGGCACCAGUGAAGGAGAAGUGCAAUUGUGGGAUGUGGUAACGAAAAAGCGGCUGAGAACCAUGCUUGGUCAUUUAUCAGUAGUCGGGGCUCUGAGCUGGAACCAUUGUAUCCUCAGCAGUGGGUCAAGACUGGGCUGUGUGUAUCAUCAUGAUGUCCGGGUAGCCCAGCAUCGUGUUGGGGCACUUGGCCACAAGCAGGCUGUGUGUGCUCUGAAGUGGUCACCGGAUGGCAGACUGCUCUCCAGUGGCUGCAGUGAUGGGCUGCUGACAAUAUGGCCCUACGAUCCCGCUGCCAGUGCACAGGCCCAGCCACUGAAAGUCAUACCUCAGUCCACAGCUGUCAAGGCCAUGGAUUGGUGUCCCUGGCAGUCUUCCGUCCUUGCUGUUGGAGGAGGAAUGAAGGAUGGAUGCCUACACGUUUUGGAUAUAAACACUGGGAAGAGCAUCCAGACCCCAAGCACAAACUCACAGAUUUGCUCCCUAGUCUGGCUACCUAUGACAAAGGAGAUUGCAACUGGCCAAGGUACUCCUAGCAAUGAUGUGACUGUGUGGGCCUGUCCUAGUCUGUCCAGGUCAGGUGCGUUUUUUGGCCACAGAGGCAGAGUGCUGCACCUGGCUUUGAGUCCAGACCAGACCCGGGUGUUCUCUGCUGCAGCUGAUGGGACAGCCUCUGUGUGGAGCUGCUGCUGACC